AGUCUAGCAAUUUAUCGAAGAAAAUUUUAACCUAAAACAGAAAAUGAUUGUGCGUCGGUGGGAGUUUUAUUUCGAGAUAAAAAGGACAACACUAAAAUACCGCGAAUCUAUGAGAAAUGUUUAAUCGAGCAUCAUUGAAAUACGUUUGUUAAGUGGAGGAGACGGUUAUACAUUUUUGAAAGACAUAGAAUUUUUGCAAAAUCUACUUGUUACAAUACCUCUUUUGUAAUUCACCAACAUUUUAGUUCUUCUAAUUUUAAUUGAUUCCGUCUGUGCAGAAUUUCGUGAAAAUUUCUAUUACGUACGGAGACAGAAAGAAAUAUCCUGUUUCGAUCAGUUCAGUGAUCCAGGUAUGCUCAGAAAUGUCGUCUCCAAACAGCAUAGAAUCGUUAGGAACACUACAGUGGGAUAUGAUUGAAUUAGCCAGUCACCUACGUCAGGAGCGUUUGUUUGUCAGUUCAGAGCAACAAAAUUUGCAACUACUCAACGAGAAGGUGCUGUAUGCAUCGUCGAAUUUGGCUCAACAGGCAUGGAUUACAGCGCAACAAAGAGUGAAUCUGAAUCGGCUGAUAAUGUCUAGACCGGAUUGUACACCGGCGUCUUGCUGUCAGAAAGCAAAUACAUUAGAAAAUUCACAUUUUUUAGAUGCGUAUAAAUAUUUACGUUACCAAGCUUGUUUAUCCUAUGGUGAAUUCUUAGGCGCGCUUAGAAAGUCUCCUAAACUUCUUGCGUUGUGCUUAGUGGAAGGAGAAAAAUUACUACCAGACUUUAUGCAAAAUAUUGUUCAAUCAUUGGCAGCGGGUUUAUACGGUAGUUGCUUGUUACCAGAGGAUAAAAUUCUAGUCUUAAAACUGCUGAGACACCUGAUGCUGCUACAAAUUGUACCAUCAGAUAAUCCGCGCAGGUUACUCAGACAUGGCACUUGUGCUUUUUCUAGGUUUUACUCUGUCUUUCAUGAAAGCGUUUUUUCAGCCAAGUUUUUCUUGACUGCUGCUUUACAUAAUCCUAUUGUACAGUUACUAAUGGAAGAUGAAAUGUUUCUUGACAUUGACCCGGAUAAGGCACCCAUAAGGUUUCCUCCAUCUGAAAGAUUGAAAAAAUUUGGAAAGGAAGGUACUCCUGAAUACGAAGCCAAGUUGCAACGUCACAGACUAUGGAUGGUCAAUUCUUUAUUUCGCAUAACGCAAAGAUUCAUAGUCAGUAUAAGAGAGAAUAUGCAUUGUUUCCCGAGCAGUGUGUGUUGGUUGGUCAGACAGAUGGCUGGUCUUUUGGGGAAAAACGGAAGCAUUGAUAUAAAGGAGGUGCAUGCAAUGUGUACCGACUUGGUUUUCACUUAUUUUAUAUGUCCAGCGAUAGUAAAUCCAGAGCCGUACGGUAUUACAGACGCUCCUAUUAGCUAUGUUGCGAGAUUCAACCUUAUGCAAGUCGGACAGAUUCUACAGAUGCUCUCUCUAAUGAAGUACCAAACAGUGGACAGCAAAACAUUCGAUCUUUACAAAAAGUUCGACAAGGAUUCUGUCUCUUCAAUAAUAGAUGCAAUGAUGGAUAGCGUGACGGAGGAACUCGAGGAUGAGCCAAGCAUCAUUGACAAUAACAAACUACGAGGACUGUCUCGCUCUGCUGCCUUAUUUACAGAAACGGAAUUGAACACGCUAAUUAUAUUUCUGCAAACAAUAGCCGCGGAAACUCCGAUAAAGGGUGACACGCCAUCCACCGCGUUUGACGUGAAGCAAUUGAUCGACAUGCUCUCUCAGUUACCUCCCGGUUCGUUGAAUAGUAACAAAGCGACUAACAACGUUUGCAUCGAAACGACCAACAGACGUGGAGGUUUCUUAGGAAAAGGAAAAGUACCAGGAGUAAAAGUGUCAUCAUCGUACUCAUCCAAUGCGACUAACGAUAUAGGAGACGAAGUGAACGGUGUGUCGACCCCCGAGGAUGAAUCUAUCGAUAAAAAUUCUCAGGAUGUUCUUGUCAUUCCGUUCGGCCCGAAUACAGGAGAAUUUGUGGGACUUCUCAGCGAACAGAAAGUACAUAAUACGGUCUCGUUUUUUUUUAUUUCUUCAAAUUUAUCGCGAGAAGAUAUUACCUGACGACUUUCUCCUCAAUGUUGCAGGUCUUUUAAUGCUGAACGUAUCGAAACACAAGAAAAGAAAACACGAUUUUCGUUGUCCCAUGACGAAGUUCUAUUCGAAGGCUUCAUUGGAAAUACCUCGGACAACUUGGAGGCUGUGUCGGAAGCGGCUUCGAAUCACAGUGUUGCUUCUUCUCUGGAACUAGAAACAGAAGAUCAAAAUGAUAAUUUGUCGGAUAUGGUGUCUGCCAGUGUUUCGGGACGAGGAACGCCGAAUAUAUCAGGUCGUGAUACUCCGUCGUCUCAAAUCACUGAAGGAGACGAAGGUCGCGUGACUGGCGAGGCUCGACAAUUGGAUUUACCCACACCGAAUAUACCAACGAAACAAAGUCGGUCCGAGAUUGACGAUAAGUUUUGCAAAUUUGAAAUAAAAAAGCUGAUCGAAGGGGACGAAACCGUCUCGAUGGUGUCUGAUACGUGGUCGACAGAUGUAUUAGCUUCGGAUAGUGAGACAGUUGAGCAACAAGAAAAGAUAACGUACCCUCCUUCUGGUGAGCAAAAUACUCCGGUUUUAUCAGCAACAUCAGAAUCAAUACCGCAAGCCGUGUUAGAUGUUAGUGAAACAGCGUCUGAAGCAUGGAGUACCGAUGUGUUAGCCAGCGAUUCGGAGAGGCUAACCGAAGUUGAUACCGACGAUACGGCUAGCGUCGCGAGAUCUGAUGAUACCGCGAGGUCCGAAAUUGAGGUCGAAGCACGUAGCGAAGCAGAGGCCACCGAAGAAACAUUGUCGCAGGCAGUUCCUCGUAAGAACACACGUUAGAAUUUGAUCUUAUGCGUCGUAUUCUCUUUUAGGAUAAUGCAUGACUCUGUGUUCUUAGUGUGUACUUCUCCCUCGGCAUUCGUCACAAAUGUAACCGAACAAAACGAAAACAGGUCUGAUUAUCGGAGGAGUACGAUAGAGUAUGUCGACAAAAACGCCAACAACAUCGGUAACGUUACGGAUUAUGAUAAAUCAUUGCAUGAGGACAGAUUGGUUCGUCUCAUAGACAAACUUCACAUCGAUGAAGGAAAAAGUCAGACGGAACGGCGAGCAAACUCAACUCACAAUCAUAUCGGGAUCGCAGCUGUCACGCCAGCUUUACUACUAGCUAAUCAUAUAUCACCACCGGUUUUGGCGAAUGCAGAAAAACCGCGAAACUCUGACGGGAAAUCAGAAGAACUAGGGAUCUGCGUCGGAUCGGUCGGCAGAAUUAUUAACGAAGGACGCGGCCCGGAAGGUAUAGUUGGAUUGAGUACCGGCAGUUUAACAUCCAACAGCAGCAGUUCUAGCUCCGAAUCCCGUGCAAAGACUACUACUUCGACGUUACCGUUGUUGGAAGGAACAUUGGUUAAUGGAAACUGCGAAGUGAUCGAUACCGGUGGUAUUGGUAUUUCUCCAAAACCUAUCGUGUCCAGCGGUGCUAUUCCAAAAAGUAUCAGCUUCGAUAUGACCGCAGAGCGUGGGGAUAAAGAAUUAUUGGACGACGAUCAAAAGAACAAAAGAAGUUUCUUUGGGAAAUUGAAAAUGUCGUUAAGAAAUCGGCGAGGUAAAGUGGUUCGUGGUACCGACGACAAUAUCAGCAGAUGUUACGACCGUGAAUCCGGCGGGGGGGACGGUACCGACGUAGGUCGACAUAGAUUGCGGAGAAUAAUGUCGGAAGAUGUGACGUCGACUGGUAACCUGACUAUCGAUAACACGGACGACAUUUUGGCGAAAUAUAGAAGAAAACCAAGCGCAGCGAGCGAUACGGCAUCGAUCGAGAGCAAUCAGUCUCGUACGAAAGAAACAACAGAGGACGAAAGGCUACUUAUAGAUCCAAAUAACAUCGAACUCUCAUACGCGUUUGCCGAUGCAAAACGAAAGUUACGCAUGGUGCUCAGUACAGCUGAUCUUCAACACAUUCCUUGGACCGCUACAUCCGAGCGAAACCCGUGGUCGCAGAAAGAAAACGAAUUGGUCGCAUUCCUACAGUUGCAGCUGGCAGAAGCUAUAAACUUACAAGAUCGGGCGUUAAUAGCUCAUCUGCAUGAAACACUGCGCUGUGUACGAUUGUUUAAUGAUGAUGGAUGUAGGAAAUUGUUCAAAUCUUUACGCGAAGACUAUCAAAAACGGUCACCUUACAUCGCGUAUUUAAUUAGAUGUCGACAAGGUUUACUUUCCACGUUGGCCCACUUGGACAGACUGUGCAUUAGGGUAAAAUGUGAUCGUGAUGCCGUUAACAAUCAUCUUGUUUCCGUUUGCGUACGGGUCUUUUUGGAGAAAAAAGAGUCGCUACUCUUGCGUUUUUGCGAUGAAUUUAAAAAACUUACGCUGACAGACGAGAAACAAGAUUUGGUCGAUAACUUUUUGGGAGAGGUUCACGCAAAAAUGGACAACGACCCAAUAUGGCAAUGCGCGAGUGAAAAUCAGUUGGGGUUAGCCAGAGUUGUGGUGGAAAGGACCGUGAUGGCACGCGUUUACCACAAUGCUCUUUAUCCGAACGGAGACGGAGAUGUUUACAGAGAUCAAUUGAUUCAUGACCAUAUUAAAAAAUUGGCGAAAAUUGUUACUCCCAACCACAAAGAUUUACGUAUUCCGAAAAUAUAUCAUUACGAGUGUCCCUGGCCUUGGGCACAAGCAGAAUUGGCCGUUAUAUCUGCGUAUAAAACACCCAGGGAUAAACUGCAAUGCGUCUUCCGUUGUGCGACCACCAUUAUGAAUUUACUUUCGAUGGCAACCGAGAGAGGAGUACCCGCUGCCGAUGAUCUUAUUCCUGUUUUGGUCUACGUAAUCAUAAAGACUAAUCCGCCAUCUUUACUUUCAACUAUACAAUACGUGGAUAGCUUUUAUGGAAAUCGUCUGGAAGGUGAAGAACAAUACUGGUGGACGCAAUUUUGUUCUGCGAUUGAAUUUAUAAAAACAAUGGAUUAACUUGUGUUUUUUUAGUAACACAAUACUGUUGAAAGUGUAGAAAUAGUGUAUCAUAAUUAACAACGACUUUGUUGUCGUUAUCAUCAUAAUAAUCACUGCUCUUGUAGUCA